GGAGAUAGUAGUGGGGUUGCUGGUCUUAUGGUCAUUCUAUUUUUAUUCCCUGAGAGUCCCCGGAUUGCUUUCACUGAUGGGUCUCAGCAUUCUCUUCCACAGCGUUUGAGAACUCCUUUGACUCUGCACCCUCGCCAGCACUUGCAGUAAUCAUUUCGACAAUGGUUGUCCUGACUGGGGUUCUGACAGGGACACGGGCUGCAUCUGCAGGAAAUGCUGACCUUGCCCCGGGCAGAUGUCUAAUGGGUAACUAAAAGCAAGGUAGAACCUUGCCCCUCUGCCUUCAUUUUGUAUUUGCUUCUUCUGCUUUAAACUGGGACAAAUUCCUGCUCCACUCUCCAUGUUAAUCAUUUAGAUAGUGUUUGUCCUCUGCUUCAAGGUUCAACACACCCAGAUAAGUACCUAAGGGGGUUUAAAGAUUUUUCUGGAACAUUCUGAAUGCCCUGCUGUAGAAUUCCUAGAGGGACAUUCCUAGAAGUCUACACUCGUGGCUCAGCACUUUCCAGGAACUGGAGUUUUGCAGGCAGCUCAUCCCAUGAGGAUAAUGCACACUUAAGAUGGAGCCGUCUUCUAGUGGGAACUGAGUCGUGUCUCCCUCUCAGGAUGACAAGGCAGAGGGAAAGACAACAUGCAAGGCGAAUGGAGAUUGCACCCAUAGUGCCAGCAACUUCCUUAGCACCAAAAGGAGGUUGCCAGGAUGCGAGUGGUGGCUACUGCUCUCGCUGGCAAGGCACUGGAGUGUGCAAGUUUCCUGAGCCCUCGCCUUCGUUCUCUUUGCUCUGAACAAACCCCAGGUCACUCCUGCUGCCCAGGCUACAACCCUUGGACCUGUUUUCCUCCCAUGGCGACGCUGACUUUCUUGCCUGUUUUUGAGGCGUUCCUUGGAGCGGGCACGUCCUCUUUUUCUUUCACCAAGGCACUGUAUGCUGGAGAUGCAUGGCAGAGGAAGCUUCUUGUGAGCCAGGAAGGCUUUCAAAACCAGAAUGCUGAGAGAGCCGUGCAGAAGAUGGAGGCCUGGCUUGGAACCCUUCAGAGACUCUACCAGGGCACUUGCAUGAAGAAUCUGUGGUAUUUGGUCAGCUGGAACUGAAGAAUCAGCUGUGAUUAAUAAGAGACCAGAACCACUAAAGUAAAAUGUUUGCUUUGCUGGGACAAUAGGUGCUGGUCAGCUAGGGCUGAAGAAUCAGCUAUGGUUAAGAAGAGACCAACAACAUCAUUGAGGUGAAAUCUUCUGGGAAGCAUUUCCUUAGGGCCAGCACACAGAAGCUGCGGUCCAGAAGUGGCCAAGUUUGUGCAGCCUUGUGAUAGCAGCUGAACUUGGUAGUUGAAGUCACCCAGGUGGUACUGGUUUAGAAGGCAGGAAGGGGUCACGGAGAACAGCUGAGGUUUGCUACUGGGAGAGGCCAUAAAGGAAGGCAGAGCCAAAGAGGCAAUAGGAGCUCCGGGAUUCAAGAGGUCAUGCAGAGAAGUUGAGGCUUGGCACCACGAAGAGAGGCUGUGAGAGGCUGUGAGUGAAAGUGUCGCCUAGCUUUAGCAGAAGAUUCCAGCAUUUCGGAGAUUCCAGUACCACGCCUGGGAUGACCUCCAAGAACGGCAGUCUCGGCCACUAGAAGACAAGCUGUGUUGCAGAGAGCAGAGCCAGAAGAGGGUCCCAAGCCUGUUGGAAGGGCCCAGAUUGCGUCUUGCCGGGCCACUUCGCUUCCACACUAGUCUCGGAGGAGUGGAGAGGAAGGAUGUCGUCAGGUCUUAAGGCUGAGCUGGAGUUCCUAGCAUCCAUCUUCCACAAGGACCACGAGCGGCUGCGCAUCGUGAGCUGGCACCUGGAUGACCUACAGUGUCAGUUCCUGGUGCCGGAGGCAACUGUGGGCAGUCCGCCCUCGCCGCCACCGCUCACCCUUCACUGCACCAUCACCGAGUCCUACCCAUCUUCACCGGCGAUGUGGUUCGUGGACUCUGACGAUCCAGAUCUCACAUCGAUCCUGGAACGCCUGGAAAAUUCGAAGCCAGACAGUUCGCUUAGUCAGCAGCUCAAGUGGCUGAUCUGUGAACUCUGCCGCUUAUAUAACCUGCCUGAGCACCUGGAUGUGGAGAUGCUGGACCAGCCGGUCCCCAUCGCUCAGAAGGCCACCAUCAAAGAUGGGUCUUCAGAAGAAGACGAAGAUGCAUCUUACGGACUGGACGACUCGGAUUAUUAUGACAUGAAAGAAGAAGAGACGAGUAGUGAGAAAACGUCAGAGAAUGAAGGGCUUGAGAAAGAGGAUUUGGAAAUAUUAGAGAAUAUCCAGAAAAACCUUUGGCAAAAGAAUGCAAGUGGUGCCACGUCUGGCUCAGUGUGUGCUUCAGAUAGACUUAUGAAAGAACUCAGAGAAAUAUACAGAUCGCAGAGUUACAAAUCAGGGACUUUUUCAGUGGAACUGAUAAAUGACAGCUUAUAUGACUGGCACGUUAAACUGAGGAAGGUUGACCCUGAUAGUUGCUUGUACAGAGACCUUCAGCGCUUGAAACAAAAAGAAGGCAUAGACUAUAUUUUGCUUAACUUCUCUUUCAAAGAUAACUUUCCGUUUGAUCCUCCAUUUGUUCGAGUCGUGUUGCCUGUACUCUCUGAUGGUUAUGUCUUGGAUGGGGGGGCAUUGUGUAUGGAACUGCUUACCAAUCAGGGCUGGAGCAGCGCCUACUCCAUAGAAUCGGUCAUCUUGCAGAUCAAUGCCACCUUAGUCAAAGGCAAGGCCAGGGUGCGCUUUGGAGUAGAUAAUCACUAUACUGAACAAGUGGCUAGACGGGUCUAUAAAUCCAUGGUGCUGAAGCAUGAGAAAUCAGGCUGGUUCACUCCUCCACAGAAAGAUGGGUAAAUAGUAGAGCAUCAUGUAUUUGGUAUUUGUAGCAGUAGUGAGAAAGUUAUUAGCUAAUUGGUGCUUUAGUGGAUAAUCUCUCAACUGACCACCAGUAGAAGUGUCAGCCUUUCCAUUUUGCUUACUGUGGGGGUCUUGGGCUGAACUGUGAGCCUUACUGUGGUUUUUCCUGAUAAAUAAUCAUAACUCCAUUUUCAGUCUUCCAUGUUCCUUGAUUAAGUGAAAUGUGUUAAGUAGGCCAGUCAGUUGUGACUUUAGAUAAUGCUGGUUAUUAGGCUACUGGGGGGGGGAUAAUGAGUAUUUUUAAACAUUUGUUCCAUUUAGUACUAAUAAAAGUUUUUCCAGUGUCCAAUACUGUUUUAGAAAAUAAAAUAAAAUAAAAUAAAAAAAGAAUAAAAAAGAA